AUGCUGUGUCUCUGUAAGUACUUCUUUGAUACCUUCUUGGCGCUCCCCACCCUGCUGUCUUCUCAGGUGACUCUCUGCUUCUCCCCUGUGGGGAACAAACUGAGGGUCCGCAGCAGGAAGUUCCCCGCCAUCGUGAACUGCAUGGCCAUCGACUGGUUCCACGAGUGGCCACAGCAGGCGCUGGAGUCGGUCAGCCUCCGCUUCCUGCAGAGCUUGGAGGGCAUUGAGCCCACCGUCAAGCCGUCCAUUAGCAAGUUCAUGGCUUUUGUGCACACAAGCGUCAACCAGACCUCCCAGUCCUACCUGAGCAAUGAGCAGCGCUACAACUACACGACCCCCAAGUCGUUCCUGGAGUUCAUCAGACUCUACCAGAGCCUGCUGCACGGGAAGCGGCGGCAGCUUGAGGGCAGAACCCAGCGGCUGGAGAGCGGGCUGUGCAAGCUCCACGGCACCGCCACCCAGGUGGAUGAUCUGAAAGCCAAGCUGGCCACACAGCAAGUGGAGCUGAAGCAGAAGAAUGAAGAUGCAGACAAGCUGAUUCAGGUGGUGGGUGUAGAGACUGACAAGGUGAGCAGAGAGAAAGCCGUGGCAGACGAGGAAGAGCGGAAGGUGGCCCUCAUCAUGCUGGAGGUGAAGCAGAAGCAGAAGGACUGUGAGGAAGACCUGGCCAAGGCAGAGCCGGCGCUCACAGCAGCCCAGGCAGCCCUCAACACCCUCAACAAGACCAACCUGACGGAGCUGAAGUCCUUUGGUUCCCCACCCCCGACUGUCAGCAAUGUCACUGCGGCGGUGAUGGCGCUUGUGGCCCCUGGGGGCAAGGUGCCCAAGGACCGCAGCUGGAAGGCCGCCAAGGUCACCAUGGCCAAAGUGGACAGCUUCCUGGACUCCCUCAUCCACUUUGACAAGGAGAACAUUCACGAGAACUCCCUCAAGGCCAUCAGGCCGUACCUGCAGGACCCCGAGUUCAAUCCAGAGUUCGUGGCCACCAAGUCGUCCGCAGCCGCAGGCCUCUGCUCUUGGGUCAUAAACAUUGUGAGGUUCUACGAGGUGUUCUGUGACGUGGAGCCCAAGCGCCAGGCACUGAGCAAGGCCACCUCGGACCUCGCUGCUGCCCAGGAGAGGCUGGCUGCCGUGAGAGCCAAGAUUGCGCACCUUAAUGAAAACCUGGCCAAACUCACGUCCAAGUUUGAGAAAGCAACAGCGGACAAACUCAAAUGUCAGCAAGAAGCAGAAGUGACUGCAGGCACCAUCUCCCUUGCGAAUCGCCUGGUGGCAGGACUUGCCUCUGAAAACGUGAGGUGGGCAGAAGCUGUGCAGGACUUCAAGCAACAGGAAAGGAAACUGUGUGGAGACGUCUUACUUUCCACGGCUUUUAUUUCGUACCUUGGCUUCUUUACGAAGAAGUACCGGCAGAGCCUCAUGGACGGGACCUGGCGACCCUACCUGAGCCAGCUGCAGGUGCCCAUCCCAGUGACCCCCACGCUGGAUCCCCUGAAGAUGCUGACAGAUGAUGCCGACGUGGCUGCCUGGCAGAAUGAGGGCCUCCCUGCGGACCGCAUGUCCACGGAGAAUGCCGCCAUCCUCCUCCACUGCGAGCGCUGGCCGCUCCUGGUGGACCCUCAGCUGCAAGGCAUCAAAUGGAUCAAGAACAAGUAUGGCGCAGCCCUCCGGGUCACCCAGAUUGGUCAGAAGGGCUACCUUCAAACCGUAGAGCGUGCCCUGGAAGCCGGAGAUGUGGUGCUGAUUGAAAACCUGGAAGAGUCCAUCGACCCUGUGCUGGGACCGCUGCUGGGGAGAGAAGUCAUUAAGAAAGGACGGUUCAUUAAAAUCGGAGACAAAGAGUGUGAGUACAAUCCCGAGUUCCGGCUCAUCCUUCACACCAAGCUGGCCAGCCCUCACUACCAACCCGAGCUGCAGGCUCAGGCCACCCUCAUCAACUUCACCGUGACCAGGGCCGGCCUGGAGGACCAGCUGCUGGCCGCCGUGGUCAGCAUGGAGAGGCCAGACCUGGAGCAGCUGAAGUCAGAUCUCACGAAGCAGCAGAAUGGGUUCAAAAUCACCCUCAAAACGUUAGAAGACAACCUGCUCUCCCACCUCUCCUCAGCCUCCGGGAACUUCCUGGGAGAAACGGCCUUGGUGGAGAGCCUUGAGGUCACCAAGCAGACCGCUGCGGAAAUUGAGAAAAAGGUGCAGGAGGCCAAGGUGACCGAAGUGAAGCUCAACGAGGCCCGGGAGCACUAUCGGCCGGCCGCCGCCCGAGCCUCUCUGCUCUACUUCAUCAUGAGUGACCUCAGCAGGAUCCACCCAAUGUACCAGUUUUCGCUCAAGGCCUUCAGUGCCGUCUUCCGGAAGGCUGUGGAGAAGGCUGCUGCCGACGAGAGCCUCGGGGAACGAGUGGCCAACCUGACAGACAGCAUCACCUUCUCUGUGUACCAGCACACCGCUCGCGGGCUCUUCGAGCGUGACAAGCUGACCUACCUUGCCCAGCUCGCCUUUCAGAUUCUCCUCAUGAACCAGGAAGUCGGUGCAGCAGAGCUGGAUUUUCUGCUUCGCUCUCCAGUGCAGACAGGCAUCCCCAGUCCCGUGGAGUUCCUCUCCCGUCAGGCCUGGGGUGGCAUCAAGGUCAGUGCCAGUCCCUAGGGAACAAACAGUCAAGUCCUCCUCUCCUGGAGUUCUCUCCUGGCACUUGUCCCAGGAAGUCAGCAGGACUCUUGUGGGGGCUCACCAUGAGCUGUGUUAACAUCAGUGCACCCCUUGGCCUGCACCCCU